CCGAAGGAGAAAGCAACAGAAGCGAACGAGCAAUCAGUACAACAACAUCGUCAUGCGUCUAUUCGUAGCCGUCGUCUCCUUCCUUUUUCUAUCUGAAGGAGCGAUAGCGCGCAGUGUGGGUUACAGUGGUGGGCCAUCGAGCAGCGGUGGUGAGGAUUUUGAAGAGGGAGCCGUUGGACCAUCGUACGAAGGUGGGGCAGGCGGUGGCGGCGGCAGCAGAGGCUACAGCCAGCCUGCAGCACCUAGUUAUGGAGGUGGAUCGCCGUUUUCGUAUGGCUCAGGUAAAGGAUAUAGUGGGGGAUCCAGCGUUCCGGCCGCAACGCCUGCCUCCAAGCCCUCCUAUUCGCAAGGACACACCAGACCUGGAAGUGGCUAUGGUGUAAACUCUCCUUACGGGGGAGCAGGAGCUCCUGGUGCUCAUCAUGGCGGCUACGCCAGUAGUGGAGGCAGUACUGGCGGGGGCGCGUAUCAGGCCCCAGUUUCUGCACCCUCGCCAACUUAUGGAGGCGGUAGUGGUUACGGCGAAGGUCAUGACGGCAGCGUGAGCCACGGCGGCGGUUAUGGAGGAGCCAAAGGGGGUGGCGGCUAUGGCGAUGACGGUAGUCACGGAUGGGAGCCUUACUCGUUCUCGUACAGCGCCGAUGACGCAGAGGGUUCACAUUCGCAUAGCGCACAAGGAGACGCUCAGGGCAGAGUUAGCGGACAGUAUACCAUUCAACUUGCCGACGGUAGAUCGAGAACGGUAAAGUACACUGCAGACGAGCACGGUUACCGUGCUGACAUCGUCACGAACGAGCUCGGUACAGAGUCGAAAAACCCCGCCGAUGUCACCAUCCAGUCUUCGGCACCAACUGGCGAAGAGGCGGCGCAGCAAUAUGGCAGCGCAGGAGGAAGUAGCGGCUCGUAUGGUGCUGAUCAUACUGGUUACGGCGGACGGCCAGAGGCUAAACCACAGUCCUUGUCGCAUUCAAAGCCAUAUUCAGAUAGUGGCUAUGGGCAGCCUGCUCCCGCCGGAUAUUCUCAAGGACAUCAUCAACAAUCCUCAUAUCCCACUAAUCAGCAUCACGCACCGUCACCUUCUUACGACGACGGAGGACAUAGUGAUUCAUCUGCUCACGGCGCUCACUAUGGUGCCCCUGGUGAGUCUGGCGCCGAAACCCCACGCCGACGCAACCGACCUUCUUACGGAUAAGUUAUUCAUUUACUUCUGACGCAAAAAUGCAACAAAGUACAAAGUAUGCCUACUUAGUGAAGCUUAUUUUUCCCUCGUCACAUGAUCGUCAAUGUGAUGAUGGAAACAGCAUUUUCUAUCAUGUACUGGUCAGUACGAUUCAAAUCGACUUAUUUAGGCGAGACCUACGUCCUUCUCAUUUGCAGCCCUCAUUAUUAUUAGUACGCAUCUAUAGCAAAUGGUUGACAACGAAAAGCACCGUAGUUCUUCGCGCACUGACGAAUUCCAGCUUCGAUGUAAAGAAGGAAGUGACCGCUGGUGGUUAAGUGUAAACAGUUUAUUAAACGGAACAACAUCAAAAGAAAAUGACAAACGUGAACAUGAAAUAAUAAUAAUGUAUCUAAUCCACGAAGUCAUAGACAAACAGCGGUCCGCCACGGUCGAGACACCAUUCUCGCACUCAUCAUCUUAGCGUCUUUUCUGUAUAUAUCCAUUCAUCCGAAACUCUUUACUUAAUCCGGCUAUUUAUUAUAGCAACACAUUGUAGCAGCUGCAAGAGAUAAUAAAAGCAAUGACUCUUGUCAGAUACAUA